UGGACACAGGCACAGGCAUACCCACUGUACAGUGUUCUUGGCGAACAGGAUUCCUAUAUGUUUCAAUGUGUAAACCAGUCAGCUGUGCAUGAAGAGCUGGAGGAUGAGUCUCGUCGCCUGUGUGAUGUUAGACCUUUCCUUCCUGUUUUAAAGCUUGUAGCCAGGAACUGCAACAGAUCUGAAAAACUACUGGAUUCAAAAAUUGGUGUACUUAUUGGGAAAGGUCUCCAUGAGUUUGAUGCACUAACAGACCCUGAGGUUAAAGAAUUCCGCAGCAAAAUGCGUAAAAUCAAUGAGGAGAAUAUGUUGAAACGUCAAGGGCUCUCCUGGAUGGACUGGUUGCAGCAUAACUUUCCUCCCGAAGUUGAAUCCGCUGGCUUUAAUAAUACUGAAGACAAACUGCACAAAGACAAUUUCCUCGUAGCUAUCCGGUUCGAGUCUUGUCAGGACAUCUUCAAUUUCCAGGUAUCUCCAAACUUGAAUCCCCUUCACUUAAAUGAGCUUGCCAUUCGGAAACAGCUGACCAACCAUGGGAAAGAGAAUGAGGAGUUCAAUCCCAGAGAUUUUGUGCUGCGCAUAAGUGGAAAGCAGGAAUACCUGUUUGGCGAGCAGCCACUGAUUCAAUUCCGGUAUAUAAGAAAUUGCGUGUCAAAAGGAAUCCACCCUCAGCUGACUCUAGUUGACUGCAGGACAAUUAAGGAGAUGUGUGAUCGUGAAAUGUCAGCUAUUGGUAUCGCCUUGCAUCGGAAAUCAUCCACUCCUCCUCUUCCUUUGCCACCCAAGAGACGGACCAUUUCUCAAAUGGCAGGUAACGUUUGGGAUAUAAAUAGUCCUUUCAAGAUUGUUCUCACUCGUGGGAUCAAAAUAAAUGCAGAUGAAGCACUACGGGUUCAGGUCAGGGCUGGGAUUUUCCAUGGAACUGAACUCCUUUGUAAACCUGUUGUAAGCAACGAGAUUUCUGGGAAAAAUGACCUUGUAUGGAAUGAGACACUGGACUUUGAGAUAAAUGUCUGUGAUCUGCCAAGAAUGUCCCGACUCUGUUUUGCUGUGUAUGGAGUGAUGGAUAAAGUGAAGAAACAGAAAUCAACAAAGAAUGUGACCAAAUACCAGACCAUUCGGAAAGCGGGAAAAGUGCACUAUCCAAUUGCAUGGGUGAACACAAUGAUAUUUGACUUCAGAGGACAGCUGAAGAGUGGUGACCUAUCACUGCACUGCUGGUCGUCAUUUCCUGCCAACAUGGUGCAAUCUUAA